AUGGCAGCAGCUCGGACACCUGGUACACCGGCUUCAAAGAUUGAAAGAACUCCAAUGUCUACACCAGGAGGUCCCAGAGCAAAGGAGGAGAAAAUCUUUGUAACUGUUCGUGUGAGGCCCCUUAGCAAGAAAGAGCAAGCACUUAAAGACCAAGUAGCAUGGGAUUGUGUUGAUGACAAUACCAUUGUGUUUAAAGCACCAUCUCAGGAUCGCUUGAGUUCAUCACCCUUUUAUACAUUUGACAAAGUAUUUGGACCUACUUCCUUAACUGAGACAGUUUACAAAGAAGGUGCCAAAGAUGUUGCCUUAUCAGCCCUGACAGGAAUCAAUGCUACCAUUUUUGCUUAUGGCCAGACUAGCAGCGGGAAAACAUACACUAUGAGAGGAAUUACCGAGAGUGCUGUAAAUGAUAUUUACAAGCACAUCCAUAACGUAUCUGAGAGGCACUUCACUAUAAAAAUAUCUGCAUUGGAGAUUUACAAUGAGGUAGUAAGAGACCUUUUAAAACCAGAUUCUGGACCUCUCCGGCUAUUAGAUGACCCUGAGAAAGGGACAAUUGUUGAGAAACUUGAAGAAGAAGUUGCAAAAGAUAGUCAGCAUCUGAGACAUCUCAUUGGCAUUUGUGAAGCACAAAGGCAGGUUGGUGAAACUUCCUUGAAUGAUACAAGCUCUAGAUCACACCAAAUUAUAAGGCUGACAGUUGAAAGCAGCUUACGGGAGAACUCUGGCUGUGUGAAAUCAUAUGUUGCUAGCCUGAAUUUUGUGGAUCUUGCAGGUAGUGAAAGAGCCUCACAAACUCAUGCUGAUGGUGCUAGGCUGAAAGAAGGCUGUCACAUAAACCGUAGUUUGUUAACUCUCACAACUGUAAUUAGAAAGCUCAGUGCAGGUAAGAAAAGUGGCCAUAUCCCGUACCGGGAUUCAAAACUCACUCGUAUAUUGCAGCUGUCUCUUGGUGGAAAUGCAAGGACAGCCAUUAUCUGCACCAUGAGUCCGGCACUUAGCCAUGUAGAACAAUCUCGGAAUACUCUCUUCUUUGCAACCCGUGCAAAGGAAGUCACUAAUAGUGCACAUGUGAAUAUGGUUGUAUCAGACAAACAACUCGUCAAACAACUGCAGAAGGAAGUUGCGAGGCUUGAAGCAGAAUUGCGCACCCCAGAGCUUUCUGGUUCUUCAUGUUCAGAAGCUCUUCUCAAGGAGAAAGAACUAAAAAUUAAGAAGAUGGAGAUGGAGAUGGAAGAAUUGAAGCGGGAAAGAGACUUUGCACAUUCCCAGCUGGUAGAACUACGAAAAAAGGUGAAGGAAGAUCACCAUGAAACCAAUCCAUUUGCAUCACCUCGCCAAGUGGCUAAAUGCCUUACUUUUUCGGAUUCAUCACCUCAAUUUGGGGAAAGGACACAUGGCAGGGUCGAACGAGCAAGGAAUACUAUGAGGCAGUCAUCAACUGUUCCAUUUAUGCUUGUUCAUGAAAUCCGCAAGCUUGAGCAUUUACAGGAGCAGCUUGGUGAGGAAGCUAACAGGGCUCUGGAAGUACUACAGAAGGAGGUUGCUUGCCACCGACUUGGGAACCAAGAUGCUGCAGAGACUAUUGCUAAACUGCAAGCAGAGAUCAGGGAGAUGCAAACUGUCAGAUCUUUUGACAACAAAGUUGACAUUGCAGAAGCACUUGCUGGAGGUAACAACACUGGUACCAACUUGAAGGAUGAAAUUACAAGACUAAAUUCACAAGGCAACACCAUUGCUAAUCUUGAGGAGAAACUGGAAAAUGUCCAGAGAUCCAUCGACAAGCUUGUUAUGUCUCUUCCAAGUAAUCUUCAGUCAAAUGAGAUGACCCCAAAAUCCUCUAAAGGCCAACCAAAGAAGAAGAAGAAGUUACUUCCCCUGGUCUCAAGCAGUGGUGCAAACCGAAGUAAUAUGAUCAGAGGACCAUGCUCUCCUCUCUCAUCUUCUCGAAAGACUUUGGAAUCAGAAGUGGAGAACAGAGCUCCAGAAAUUGAUGCUUUAUCCCAGGAAACAAUCUCAGGCUCUGAAAAGGUUACACCAAUCAAAAGUGAAGACGGUGGAGACAUCUCAUCAAGAGAUAGCACACCUUGUCACCGGCGUUCUAGUUCUGUGAACAUGCGAAAAAUGCAGAAGAUGUUCCAGACUGCAGCAGAAGAAAAUGUAAGGAGCAUAAGAUCAUAUGUCACUGAGCUGAAAGAACGGGUGGCCAAGCUGCAGUAUCAAAAGAAACUCCUUGUGUGCCAGGUCUUGGAGUUAGAAGCAAAUGAGGCUUCAGGUUGUGAUACGGUGGAGGAGGGCGAAGACAUCUCUGAGCUACAAAAUUCUCCUGCAUCAUGGCAUUCCAUAUUUAAGGAUCAAAUGCAGCAGAUUAUGCUAUUGUGGGAUGCUUGCCAUGUGUCGAUCAUACACCGAACACAAUUUUACUUGUUAUUCAGAGGUGAUCCUGCUGAUCAGAUAUAUAUAGAAGUCGAACUUAGAAGAUUGACUUGGCUUCAGCAACACUUUCUUGAGGUUGGAAAUGAAAGUCCUGCACAUGUUGGUGAUGAGCCAGUUGUUUCUCUAUCCUCAAGUAUGAGAGCGCUAAAGCACGAGAGAGAGUUCCUUGCUAAAAGACUGAACUCAAGACUAUCCGAAGAAGAGCGAGAUAGGCUGUACAAGAAAUGGCAAGUGCCACUUGAGGGGAAGCAGAGGAAGCUGCAACUGGUGAACAAGUUAUGGACAGAUCCAAUUGACAAGGCACAUAUAGAAGAAAGUGCUGAUAUAGUGGCCAGGCUUGUGGGUUUCUGUGAAGGUGGAAACAUCAGCAAAGAGAUGUUUGAACUCAACUUUGCAGUGCCUGUGAGCAAGAAACCAUGGCUAUUGGGUUGGCAACCAAUUUCCAACCUGCUGAGAUUAUAACCAUGAAUUGGUGUCUUCCCAGGCUUGAUGAGAGAGCUGGUUAAUCUCUCUUUUAUCUCCAAUUCUCCAAAGGUAAAUCCAAUCUGGACACUUAUAUAUGAGCAAUGGAAUGAUCAUGAAUUCAUGGUGUUCUUUUGAUUUGAAGAUUGGUAGAUUGGAGUUCAUUAGCGGCAUUUGUAUAGUUGAUUUUUUUUUAGUAAUAACUGCACAUUGGUCAAUGAAAUUUUCUAGUGAAUUCUUGUUCUUUUGC